CUCUAAGUUGGUGUUCCAUCACCUUGCAAAAGGUUUCUUCAGGGUCUAGUUCUAGAGCUUGAGUCAUAGAUCAUCUACAGCUUUCUCUCUGUAAGUUGGUGUUGUGAUUACCUCUAAUCAAACAUCGGCAAGAUGCUCGCGGUUUCAAAUUUUUACCAAAGAAUUCGCCUUAAAAGAUGACCCUUCCUUUUUCUACAGUUCACGCAUACCGAUCUUCUUCUCGUUAGGAACGCAUGAUCUUCCACCUUCACUCCCAUCGAAAAAGAAAAGCUCUCUUCCUCUCUCUACGUAAGACUACGACCCAUCAAAGGUUUCAUCUCCUUCAUACAGAGUAGCGACGCUUGGAUUUCUCUACUGCCUUUCUCUCUCUGUCUCUGUAUUGCCAUGAUCAUGGAUUCUCUCUCUCUGUCUCUCUCUCUGAAUUAUAACCAAUCAUAACUCCUUCUUCCUCUCUGAGAAACCCUGUUAAGACUUUCUCUCUAGAAACGGUGGGAGUUUACUUUUGUACACGUCUCGCUCAUGCAUACUAUUACUGCACUGCUUUGAUGUAGCUCCUCAACGGCACCAGAGGCCGCCUCUCCUUUUCUUCUCUUCCCCGCUGCUAACAGCAUCACCACCGCCGGAAGGCACAAUGGCCAGCUCUCCGCCUGAAGCAUUCUCGCAUAGCCCCGUCCACUACGCUGUUGCUCUUUCCGACCACUCCCGCCUCUCUUCUAUUCUCUCCAGGCUCCCCCGUCUCCGCCUUCCUUCCGUCCUUCUCUCCGAGGCUGAGUCUAUCGCCGAGGACGCCCGCGCUGAAGCCAUCUCCGCGGUCGUCGACCGCCGUGAUGGCGUUCCAGGCCGCCUCACCCCUCUCCACCUCGCCGUUGCCCGUGGCGACGUCGUCUCUGUCCGUCUCCUCGUCGCAGCUGGUGCGGACCCCUCUCUUCAGGACGCCCGCGGGUGGAACGCCCUCCAGGAGUCCGUCUGCCGCCGGCGUGACGAGAUGACUGGCAUCCUGGUCCGCCACCACCAGGCCUCCGCCUGGGCUAAGUGGCGCCGCCGCCUGCCGCUGCUCGUCGCCGCUCUCCGCCGGAUGCGCGACUUCUACAUGGAGCUUUCCUUCCACUUCGAGAGCUCCCUUGUCCCCUUCCUCAACCGCGUCGCCCCCUCGGACACCUACCGCGUCUGGAAGCGCGACGCCGAUCUCCGGGCAGACACCACCAUCUCUGGCUUCGAUGGCCUAAAGACCCACCGUUCGGACCAGUCAUUCCUCUUCCUCGGGGACGGAACCGGGGCUGGACCAGGCGGCAAUUCGGUGCCCCCCGGUUCACUCCUCCUGCUGGACCAUGAAAACAGGGAUAUCGUUGACGCGUUGGAAAAUGCCAGCACGCCUCCGUCGGUCGCUGAGGAGGCCGCUUUCCGCUCGCAGUCCGCUGUCUUCCGACCGGGAAUGGACGUCACGCGAGCUGAGCUCGUUAGCCGCCUAAAUUGGCGCCGGCAGGAGAGGACUGAGAUGGUUGGUCCAUGGAAGGCUCGGCUCUUUGACGUUCACAAUGUUUCCUUCAGCUUCAAGACCAGGAAGGUUGAGGAAGACGAUUUUCAUGUCUCUCCGUUGGAGUUCAUUGAGGACACUGACGAUGAUGGGUUCCUGGUGGCCGAGAAUCCGGACGUGGGCCGCCGAAGAAACAGCAGCUACGAGCAGGGGGAGCGCAUUCCAGUCGACAAGGGCUUCGCCAAAGGGAGGAGGAGCGUGGACGUGUCGUUUCUCAGCAAGCCCUUGCCGGCGAAAACAGGGAGGAAGGUGGCUGAGGAAUGCAUUAAAGAGAGCGAGUACAAGAAGAGCCUGAGGCCUUGCAUUUGGCUUACUGACCAGUUCCCCCUGAAAACAGAGGAAUUGCUGCCUUUGUUGGAUAUACUGGCCAACAAGGUGAAGGCUGUGAGGAGACUCAGGGAAUUGCUCACAACUAAGCUUCCACCGGGGACUUUCCCUGUGAAGGUUUCUAUUCCUGUGGUUCCUACUGUAAGAGUUGUGAUCACGUUUACAAAGUUUGAGGACCUUCCUCCAGUAGAUCAGUUCUUCACUCCACUGUCAAGCCCCUCACUGUUCCACACUUCAAAAGAUGAGGAUGAGCAUGUCCAGGAUUCAUCUUGGAAUUCCUGGUUACGGCGUCCUAGUAAUGGUGUUGUUUCUCGUUCUGUUAACCGGAAAACCAUGCCCAUCAAACCAUGUGAGCAAGAUCCCUUUGCUAUACCAGCCAAUUAUGUAUGGGCUACCAUUGCAGAUAUCAAAAGGCGCAGGACAAAAGAGAAGAAACCAAAGUUGAAGAAGGCAAAAUAAGCAGCCAUAUCUGGCAUCUAAUGUGUACAUACUACAUAUAGUGCUCGCACUUUCUGUAUUUGGACUCCCAGCAAUCUUGGUGAUUUCUUAGCUUGGCCAAUACCAAACUGGCCUGUGGCAUGAGGCAAGGAUCAAGGUUGGUUGGCGUGCCAGAGGAAGACGAUGGGCGCUUUGUAGAAGAUGGUCGUUGCAAGAGCCAAAUCUUUUCCAAAGGUGGAGCUGUUUGAUUAAUAUAAUCUCAACCUUCAGUAUGUAGUAAAGUAAAUCCUUCUGCAGCAUCCCUAGUAUGGCGAUCCUAAUGUGAGAGAGAGAGAGAGAGAGAGAGAGAGAGCAUGUUAACUUUGGAAUUCCUGUCAAUAAGAAAUAUGAAUUGUUUAA